AUGGAACGCAACAACAGCGACAAUGACAACGCUCGUUCAGCAAUGGAGGACCUCAUUAGGAAUCGGUACCAAGAUCCAGGAGUUGGCGAUUCUCUGAUGGGCAAUGACGAGCUCUUGAGACGCAUGGGGCGCCACGUAGAAUCGUUACUUUGUACAAAGAAUGUGGAUGAAGCCCUUGCUGUUGCAAAAGAAAUGACGUUUAUGGUUGCAGCAUCGUCGACUGGUGCGUUGUAUGAACGUUUGGUUAUCAACUUCAAGAGGCUCUUGGAUAAGGUGGAUGAAGCAGCAGCACCAAUGGCAACACUAUGCGACAGCAUAACGAAGAUCGAUUUCAUCAGCAGACUUCCUUUUGAUAUUGUGAUCCAUAUUGUUGAUUACCUUUGGGGAUCGAUUUCCAACGUGGAAGAUGAUACGACACCAACGAUUCUAUAUGUGUCAAAGUAUUGGCGCAAAACAAUUCUCGAAUCUACGCCGUUCUUGUCAUGUAAGCUCCCAGCAACGAAGCUACUUGGCCAUCAGAAAACGACAUCAGCAUCUGCUUCUCGUAUUCGAACAAUGAAGAUUCGUGGCAAUGUCAUAUCAUUUUCACAACUACUUGGGAUACAUCUCGUCAACUUGAAACAUCUCUGCAUUUAUAUACCUCGCCACAGGACAUCUUGUUAUUAUCGCUAUAAUGCAGCAUGUGCGCGUGGUGUGUGUACCUCUGUAAGGCACAGUUACAAUCUUGAUGAAGUCAUGGAGCCAUGCCCAAACCUCGUGAGCUUGACGUGGAGUGGGUGCGUGUUGAAUGGUGGAACUGCAAAACAACAUCACCAGCUACGAAUCUUGCAAUUACGAGACGAGGAAGAUGAAAUCGAUGAACUUCUUAUAAAGUUGCCUGGUCUCGUGAUUCUCUCCAUCCAGGAUGUCCUUGAUGUCAACUACCUGAAUCGAGUCGGCGGCUAUUGUCCAUCACUAAAGUGUCUCAAGUACAAGGCACCCCUUGAUAUCGUGACCGGAUGGCCAUAUGAGUGGGAUACAAGCUUGGAUCAAGGGAUUCAGGAAAUCUCUUUCGAUGGCAAAUACGAUGAUGAUGAUCUGACUUACGUGAUUGAAAACCUGCUACAAGCAUCCAAGACGUUGAGACAUGUACAUAUCAGCGAGAAUAUCUUCCGCUAUUAUCAUGAAGUGAUGCCUCUGCCCGAGGAGACAACGUUCCCGCAUUUGAUUCACUUUUCGUGUGAUUCAGCCUACUAUCGCGAUAUUGAUGAGCUUUACUUUGAUCUCUUUCUCGUUACUAUUCGCCGUUCACCAAGCAUUGAGACGAUACAAUCCGGUUAUCCUUUGUUCAUGUGGGAUGCUCCAGAACCGAUUGACUUGAUGGCAUUAUGCACCCGACUUAUCAACGCAAGUGUGAUCAUGGAUGAAUACCACCAAGACUUGGACGCUUUGAAACGUUUCCUCAAUACGCAUAUUGAAAAGGGUACUUCUUCAACAUUACGAUUGCUGUCAAUAUCACUAUGGUCCGAGGAAUGCGCCAAUGAACUUUUACCACUCAUCACACAACUGGAAUUAUUGGAGGAGCUGCAUCUCGCAUUGUCGCUUUAUUCACCAAUGGCUUUGAUCAUCGACUUGAUUUAUACCAACAACGCAAUGAAGCUAAAGCCACUCAAAAUCACUAUUGUGGAAUGGCAGGUUGAAGAUCCUGUAUUUGGUCAUUUACAAGAUGCGCACUCUCUCAAGUCACUGGUCAUAGAUGCGGAUCACCUAUCACCAAUGGCUGCACUUUCACUACUUGACUUGGUACAGCUUGACCAAUUACAAAUUCCAUUCAAGGGGCUGGACAAUUCGGUGAUCGAUAUUCUUUCCAAGCAGUUUCCAAAUAUGAAAAGAGUAGAGCCCCAUCACAUGUGGAGAUAA